AUGGGUACCACAAUCUCAUGGUUCACCCAUCCUGGGGCAGCUGUCAGUUCAGCUGUACCAACUCUGACUAUCUCCCCUGGUGAGCCACAUUCAACAGCCUCUGGAGUCAUUCAUCCUGUGGAGACCAGCCCAACAGUCCCCAGGACACCCCCAGAUUUUUCCCAUAGUGGAUCAGACACCACACCCUCAAUGGCCACCAGUCCUGGGGCAGAAGCCAGUUCAGCUGUGCCAGGAAGUACUGUCUCACCUGGGGAACCAGAUUCAGUGACCCCACAGGCCACUAGUUCUGAAAUACCAGUCAGUACAACUGUUCCAACUACAACUCUUUCUCCUAGUGAACCAGAAAUCACAGCCUCAUGGAUCACCCACCCCAGUGCAGGGACAAGCACCAAAGUCCCUGCUUCAACUAUUUUUCCUCUUUUAUCAGAGACCACAGCCUCACUAUCCAUCAGACCUAGGGUGGAGGUUAGUACAGUUAUUCCAACUCAGACUGUUGUGCUUGGUGGACCAGAGACAACAACUUCCCUCUCCACCUCACCUGUGACAGAGACCAGCAGAGCUGAUCUAGGCCCAACUGUCUCAACUAGUGUUCCUGAAGAAGAAGCUUCACUUUCCACCCACCCUGGGACAGAGACCAGCAAAACUAUUCCAUCUGCAACCCUUUCCCCUGGUUUAGAGACCACAGGUUUAUGGGCCACCAGCCCUUCAGCAGAGGCCAGCACAGGAAUCCCAACUCUGACUAUUUCCCCCAGUGCCACUUCAACAAGUGAGCCUCAGACUGUAACCUCCUGGAGCACAAAAACUUCACUGCCUGCAACUUCAGUUGGACUCCCAGAUAUUUCCAGGACUGUCACAGAUACCACUAUGACCUUGAUACCAUCAGAGACCCCAACAUCACCUACAGUCAGUCAUGGAGAAAGAGCAAGUCAAACCACUACCCUGAAAACUACAACUGAGGGGACCACUCAUUGGGCUGCCACAGGUUGGAGCUCCAUGAUGAAUGAGACCAGAACCACCUUCGGCACACUGCCUGGAAGGCCCUUCGCCCCUCUGACCACACCUGCCAUGUCCACCUGGGCCCCUGAGAGCAUGACUCCAGGAACAGCUGAGAUUCCUUCGAUAGCAUGUUUUACUAUCAACUUCACCAUCACCAACCUGCCCUUCACGGAGGACAUGGGGUUCCCAGGCUCUGGGAUAUUCAAUGCCACCGAGAGGACCCUGCAGCAUCUGCUCAAGCCCCUGUUAAGCAACAGCAGUAUUGGCUCCUUCUAUGUCGGCUGCAGGCUGAAAAUGCUCAGAGCCGAGCGGGAUAAGAUGAGCACCAGAAUCGACGCCGUCUGCAGCUACUAUUCAGGUCCCACAAGCCCCAGGCUGGACAGGGAGCAUCUGUACUGGGAGCUGAGCCGGAUGACCCAUGGUGUCACCCAGCUGGGCCCCUACUCCCUCGAAAGGAACAGUCUGUGCGUCAACGGUUAUAGCCAUCAGUACUGGAUCCCAACCAAGAGCAAUCUAGUGACCCCCACAUUCUCUCCAGGAUCCCCAUUAUCUGUGAGCCCUGCUUCUAGCUCUACAGGUCUGCACCCAGUCCUGGUGACAUUUACUCUGAACCUGACAAUCACCAACCUAUAUUACACCCCAGACAUGGGGCGCCCAGGCUCCUUGAACUUUAACUCCACAGAGAAGGCCCUGAAUCGCCUGCUUGAGUCCUUAUUCAAGAACACCAGCAUUGGCUCCGGCUACUCUGGCUGCAGACUGACUUUGCUCAGGCCCAAGAGUGAGGCGGUCACCACCGUGAAUGCCAUCUGCACCUACCAUCCUGACCCCAUGAGUCCCACUCUGGACCGAAAGCAGCUGUACCAUGAGGUGAGCCAGCUGACCCAGGGCAUCACCAGGCUGGGUCCCUACACCCUGGACAGAGACAGCCUCUACAUCAAUGGUUACAACCAUCGAUCCUUGGCCCUCACCACCAGCAGUGUAAGCCCGUACCUGGUGUCCUUCACACUCAACUUCACCAUCACCAGCCUGAACUACACUAAGGACAUGGAGCCUCCAGGAUCCGAGAUAUUCAAGACCAUAGAGAGGAUCUUGAAACGCCUGCUCAGGCCCUUGUUCCAGAACAGCAGUAUCGGGCCCCUGUAUUCUGACUGCAAACUGACCUUGCUCAGGCCUGAGAAAAACAGAACAGCUACUGGAGUGGAUGCAGUCUGCACUUACCGUCCUGACCCCAUGGGCCUCGAGUUGGACAGAAAGAAACUGUACUGGGAGCUGCGCCAUGAGACUCACGAUGUCACCCAGCUGGGCUUCUUCACCCUGGACAAGGAAAGUCUCUAUGUCAAUGGUUACAACCACCUAGCCUCUGCUCCUUCUCCCAGCAGUGAGUACUUACGCUUGAUGACCGGGACCUCCACAGCAUAUGCCCACCUCUCCAGCUCCACAGCAGCUGUGGCGGUCCCUUUCCAGCUGCCAUUCACGCUCAACUUCACCAUCACCAACCUGGAGUACGAGGAGGACAUGCAGAACCCAGGCUCCAGGAAGUUCAGCUCCACAGAAAGAAUCCUGCAGUAUCUGCUCAAAACCUUAUUCAAGAACAGCAGUCUGGGAUACCUCUAUUCGGGCUGCAGACUGUCCACGCUCAGGCCUGAGAAGGAUGGGACGGCCACCAGAGUGGACAUGGUCUGCAUGCAUCGCCCUGACCCUAAAGGCCACACACUGGACCGAGAACGACUGUACUGGGAGCUGAGCCAGCUGACCUAUGACAUCACCCGGCUGGGCCCCUACACCCUGGACAAGAACAGUCUCUAUGUCAAUGGUUUCACCCAUUGGAGCUCUGCACUCAUCACCAGCACUCCUAGGGUCUCCACAGUGGACCUGAGAACUUCCGAGACUCCAUUCUCCUUCCCCAGCCCCACAGCUGUGAGUUCUGCCCUGCUGUCCUUCACCCUCAACUUCACCAUCACCAACCUGCAAUAUGUGCCUGACAUGAGACACCCGGGAUCGGACAAGUUCAACACGACCGAGGCGAUGCUGCAGCGUGUCCUUGGUCCUGUGUUCAGGAACACCAGUAUUGGCCUCCUCUACUCUGGCUGCAGACUGACUUCACUCAGGUCUGAGAAGGACGGGUCAGCCACCAGAGUGGACAUCGUCUGCACCCACCGCUCUGAGUCCACGGGCACAGGGCUGGACAGAGAGCUGCUUUACUGGGAGUUUAGCCGUGAGACCCGUGGCAUCACCCGGCUGGGCUUCUUCACCCUGGACAGGGACAGCCUUUAUGUCAAUGGUUACACUCACUGGGCUCUGACUUCCGUCCCCACAACUGAUAUGGCCUCUGUCAUCCCCCCAGUGACAUCUGCACUCCCUGUCCCAGUCUCCACAGUCCCCGCUGCCACGGCUGACUCUUUGCUGGUGCCGCUCACCAUCAACUUCACCAUCAUUGAUCUGAUGUACGAGGAGGAGAUGCAUCAGCCCGGAUCCUGGAAGUUCAACAUCAUGGAGAGAGUGCUGCAAAAACUGCUCGGGCCCUUGUUCAAGAAUACCAGCAUCGGCCCCCUGUAUUCUGGCUGCCGGCUGACUUUGCUCAGAUCUGAGAAGGGUGGAACGGCCACUGGAGUGGAUGCCAUCUGCACCUACCACCCCGACCCCUCAGGCCUAGGGCUGAACAGAGAACGGCUGUACUGGGAGCUGAGCCAGCUGACCCGUGGUGUCACGCAGCUGGGCCCCUACACCCUGGACAGGAACAGUCUCUAUGUCAAUGGUUACACCCACCAGAUCACAGUCACCACCCCCAGGACUUCUGUGAUGGCCACCAUUUCUGACGUGACCCCCUCUGCUUCCUCCACUGCAGCGACCAGCCCUGCCCUGCUGCCCUUCACCCUCAACUUCACCAUCAUCAACAUGCCCUACAUGGAAGACAUGCAGCCCGGCUCUGUGAGGUUCCAGUACACAGAGACAAUUCUGCAACACCUGCUCAAGCCCUUGUUCACCAACAGCAGCAUCGCUUCACUCUACAAUGGAUGCAGACUGACCACGCUAAGGCCUGAGAAAGGUGGGACAGCCACUGGAGUGGACAUGAUCUGCACCUAUCAUCCUGACCCUGCCGGCCUUGGGUUGGACAGGGAGCAGCUCUACUGGGAGUUGAGCCGCUUGACCCAUGGCGUCACCCGGCUUGGCUCCUACAUCCUGGACAGAGACCACCUUUAUGUCAACGGUUACACCAGACCCGUCUUGACCUCCACCCCUGCUGCCACUGUGACUUCCACAUUCUCCUUGGGAACCUCUGCCAUUUCCAGCACAGCAACCUCCAGUGUUGCUAUGGCAUCAUUCAGCCUUAACUUCACCAUCACUAACCUGCUUUACGUGGAGGACAUGCAGCUCCCAGGUUCUGUGAAGUUCAGCAAAACAGAGAAGGUUCUGCAGAAGCUGCUCAGGACCGUGUUCCAGAGCACCAGUGUUGGCACACAGUACUCUGGCUGCAGACUGAUCUCGCUCAGGCCAAAGAAUGACGGAGCUGCCACAAGAGUAGAUGUGCUCUGCACCCACCACCAGAAACCAGGAGGCCCCGAGCUGGACAGAGAGCAGCUGUACUGGGAGCUGAGCCUGCUCACCCACGGGGUCACUCAGCUGGGCAACUACACCCUGGACCAGAACAGUCUCUACGUCAAUGGUUACACCCACCGGACUACAAUAACCACCCCCAGUGGACUGGCCCUGGAGUCCUUCACCAUCAACUUCACCAUCACCAACCUGCAGUACAAGGAGGACAUGCAGCCCCCGGGGUCCUUGACAUUCACCACCACAGAGAGGGCCCUACAGCUCCAGUUAGGGCUCUUGUUCAAACACACCAUCGUGGGUCCGCUGUACUCUGACUUCAAAGUGACCUUGCUCAGACCCAGGAAAGAUGGGUUGGCCACUAGGGUGGACGCAGUCUGCACCUACCAUCCUGACCCCACGGGCCCCAAGCUGGACAUAAAGCAGCUGUACUGGGAGCUGAGCCAGUUGACCCAUGGCAUCACCCAGCUGGGCCCCUACACCCUGGACCAGAACAGCCUCUACAUCAAUGGUUACACCCAGCAGACUACAGUAGCUACUCCCAGUGACCCUGCCUGGCCCUCUGUCCGUCCCAGACCUGACUAGGGGGCCUCUUCUCCCUCCCCUGCUACAUUCUCAGGACCUCCCCUGGAGUCCUUCACCCUCAACUUCACCAUCACCAACCUGCGCUACGAGGAGGACAUGCAGCCCCCAGGGUCCUGGAUAUUCAACAGCACAGAGAAGACCCUGCAGCAGCUGCUCAGACCCUUGUUCAAGGACACCAGCGUGGGCACCCUGUACUCUGGCUGCAGACUGACAUUGCUCAGGUCCGAGAAGGGCGGCUCAGCCACCGGAGUGCACACAGUCUGUAGCUACCGUCCUGACCCCUUGGAACCCAAGCUGGACAGAGAGCAGCUGUACUGGGAGCUGAGCCUGCUCACCCAAGGGGUCACUCAGCUGGGCAACUACACCCUGGACCAGAACAGUCUCUACGUCAAUGGUUACACCCACCGGACUACAAUAACCACCCCCAGUGGACCUCCCCUGGAGUCCUUCACCCUCAACUUCACCAUCACCAACCUGCGCUACGAGGAGGACAUGCAGCCCCCAGGGUCCUUGACAUUCAACAGCACAGAGAAGGUCCUGCAGCAGCUGCUCAGACCCUUGUUCAAGGACAUCAGCGUGGGCACCCUGUACUCUGGUUGCAGACUGACAUUGCUCAGGUCUGAGAAAGAUGGGUUGGCCACCAGCAUGGACGCAGUCUGCACCUACCAUCCUGACCCCAUGGGUCCUGAGCUGGACAGAGAGCAGCUGUACCGGGAGCUGAGCCAGCUGACCCAUGGCAUCACCCAGCUGGGCCCCUACACCCUGGACCAGAACAGCCUCUACAUCAAUGGUUACACCCAGCAGACUACAGCAGCUACUCUCAGUGGUGAGUCCACAGUGACCUGCCAGCAAAUCCCUCGAACUCCAGGGAGGCCAGCAGCAGACCCCCGCCCAGGUCUCCAGCUGGGCCUCUCCUCUCCCUCUCCUGCUGCAUCCUCAGGACCUCCCCUGGAGUCCUUCACCCUCAACUUCACCAUCACCAACCUGCGCUACGAGGAGGACAUGCGGCCCCCAGGGUCCUUGACAUUCAACACCACAGAGAAGACCCUGCAGCAGCUGCUCAGACCCUUGUUCAAGAACACCAGUGUCGGUCUGCUCUACUCUGGCUGCCAGCUGAGUUUGCUCAGGCCUGAGAAGGAGGGAGCUGCCACCAGAGUAGACGCUGCCUGCACCUACCGCCCCAGCCCUAAAAGUCCUGGACUGGACAGAAAGCAGUUGUAUGGGGAACUGAGCCAGCUCACUGGGGGCAUCGCCCAGCUGGGGCCCUACACCCUGGACGGGGACAGUCUCUAUGUUAAUGGUUAUACCCACCAGACCUCAGCCACUACCUCCAGCACAAUGACCACCACGUCCUUCUCAGCACACUCUCUGGCUCCACCUGCCACAGCCAAGCCCACAGGCAGUGGCUCCACAGUGGCACCCGUCACCCUCAACUUCACCAUCACCAACCUGCAUUUCACGGAAGACAUGGGGCAUCCGGGUUCCUUGAAGUUCAUCUUCACUGAGAAGAUUCUGCAGCGCCAACUCAGGACCUUGCUCAACAAGACCAGCGUGGGCCCCCUCCACACUGGCUGCAGGCUGGCCUCCCUCAGACUUGAGGAGGGUGGAGCCUCCACAGGAGUGGACAUGAUCUGCACCUUCCACGCUGACCCCACGGGCCCCAGGCUGGACAGAGAGCGUCUGUACUGGGAGCUGAGCCAGGAGACCCAUGGUGUCACCCAGCUGGGCUCCUACACCCUGGACAGGAACAGUCUCUACGUCAAUGGUUACACCUUUGGAGCCGCAGCCCCGACCCCCACCACUGGCGAGGUCAGCGAGGAGCCCUUCACCCUGAACUUCACCCUCCGCAACCUGCGCUACUCGGCUGACAUGGGCCACCCCAGCUCCCCCAAGUUCAACAUCACGGACACCCUCAUGCAGCACCUGCUCCGCGGUUUGUUCCAGAGGAGCAGCCUGGGGGCCCGACACAGAGGCUGCAAGGUCACCGCCCUGAGGUCUGUGAAGAAUGGCUCCCAGACACGGGUCGACCUCCUCUGCACCUACCGGCGGCCACCCGGAAGCCCAGGCCUGCCCACCCAGCAGGUGUUCCACGAGCUGAGCCAGCAGACCCGGGGCAUCACCAGGCUGGGCCCCUACUCCCUGGACAAGGACAGCCUCUACCUCAACGGUUACAAUGAGCGUGGUCCAGAUGAGCCUCCUACAACUCCUGAGUUAGCUACCACGUUCCUGCCUUCACCAAAAACAUCUGUGCAGCCAGAAGCCACCACAGCCGUGGGGCACCACCUGAAGACCCUGACACUCAACUUCACCGUCUCCAACCUCCAGUACUCGCCAGCCAUGUUCAGCCCCACGGAGAGGGUCCUGCAGUACCUGCUCAGAGCCUUGUUCCAGAAGAGCAGCCUGGGCCCCCUCUUCUCAGGUUGCAGGCUGACCUCCCUCAGGCCUGAGAAGGACGGAGCAGCCACUGGUGUGGAUGCCAUCUGCACCUACCGCCUCGACCCUGCGGGUCCUGGGCUGGACACAGAGCAGCUGUACGGGGAGCUGAGCCAGCUGACCCAUGGUGUCACCCAGCUGGGCAACUACCUCCUGGACCAGGACAGUCUCUACGUGAACGGUUACACCCUCCACCGCACAGUCUCCACCCUCAGUGGUGAGCACCCAACCAGCUGGAAUGACCUCUUCCUCAAAUCCUUCUCUGACAUGGUUUUUUUUUUUUUCUCUUUUUCUGUUCUAGAAGUGAAACCAUCUACUCCUCUACCAACGGAAAUACCAACCCAAAGUCCCAGCUCCCAGAACUUCCAGCUGAACUUUACGGUUACCAACCUCUUCUAUUCCCAGGACAUAGCUCGGCCGGGCACCGCCAAACACCAGCAGAACAAAAGAAGCCUGGAGAAUGCGCUCAACCAGCUUUUCCGAAACAGCAACAUCAAGAGUUAUUUUUCUGACUGUCAAGUUUCAGCCUUCAGGUCUGUCCCCCACAGCAACCACACUGGGGUAGAUUCCCUGUGUAACUUCUCACCACUGACUCGGAGGGUGGACAGAAUUGCCAUCUAUGAGGAAUUCCUGCGGAUGACCCAAAAUGGUACCCAGUUGCAGAACUUCACCCUGGACAGGAACAGUGUUCUUGUGGAUGGAUAUUCUCCCAUCAGAAAUGAUGCUAAGACUGGAAAUUCUGCCCUUCCCUUCUGGGCCAUCAUCCUCAUCUGCUUGGCGGGACUCCUGGGUCUCAUCCUGUGCCUGAUCUGCUGUUUCCUGGUGACCAUGCGCCGGCGGAAGAAGGAGGGGAACUACAAGGUCCAGCACCACCGCCUGGGCUGCUACAUGCCACACCUGGACCCCAGGAAGCUGCAGUGACUCCACCUGCCAGGGGCUCCUUUUCCCGGCCAGGGUCCUGAGAAGCCUGGCAGGGGCAGCAAUAAAGCACCCCAGACAG